GCUCGACCAACCAGACGAAGGACGAUACAGCUCACACAAAUCCAUGUCUCUGGACUGGGAUGGAGUUCCACACUAUGGCGAAUGACAAUGAAAGUGCUGUAGCUCUUGAUGCCGUCCAAGCAAUGGUGGAAGUCAGACUGUGCAUAGCGAAAGGGGGGGAAAUGGGGUUCUCCCUGCUGUUGGAAUCGUGGAAAGAGCGGGUGUUUCACCCGAGUCCAAUGGAGGAGCGAACAGUGUUUCCAACCCUUCGAUCCCUGGAGCUGAUUCUAGAGCCAUCAAUCGUGUUCGCCAAGGAAGUUGGAGCAUUUUGUGAGUGCUUCGUUGAGAGGUACGAGCACCCUUUCAGACCCUCCUCGCGUAGACUGAAUGCGCUACGAUUUCUUCUAGACGCCACCAAGGAUGUUCAGGACAAUAAUUAUUAUUACCUUCCUAUUCGAGCUGUGGCUCUCCUCGACCUAUACUUCCUCUAUGGGAAUUGUAACCCCAAUCAGGAAACCAAACAUGACAAGCAAAUGCUGGACGAUUUCUACGCUGUCGUUGGACCAGAUCGCAGCGACAUCGCGAGUAGCAGCAGCAGCGCCGACACAAUUAGCAUCCUAAAUGGUUUUCAAAUGGAAUCGCUCCAGAUUUGGGAACAUCUCUCAUCUCCAGAUGAUCUCCGGCAUAUGAAGCCGCUCUCGUCGAACGAGACCGAGGGUACAGGCAAAGCAUCAGGAUCAUACUCCCUGUUUCACAAACGGAUGCAAUUCUUUUGCACAGCCAUGGAGCUGUCAUGUUCUCACCUUGGCGUAACCAAAGGUGACUCUACCAAGUCCUUGGACUACAUAGUGCGGCACGUUAACAGAUAUAGUAAGGUCAUGAGGCUGGGUUUCAUGGAGUUGACGUUCUUCGCCUUGUACCAAGUCAUGCACAUUUUCUACUUUGCCAUCCUUCCGGUGGAUGAAUCGAAGACGAGUUUUGUUGUCGAGGGGUUUAUGUUGGUAGUGCUGUUUUGUUUGAUCAGCAAGAGGGAGCUUUUGGAAUCAGAGAUGCUGACAGCAGAGGCAGAAACACGUCUUCUGCUUAUGGAAACGAUGCUAGGGAACGGAAGAGACCGUCCUCCAGGUGCGGGUGACCCUGAGGAACUCAUUGAAAGGGCCAAGCAGAAGGUGUCAGAGAUGGACGCUGCAGGAUUUGUUGGUAAUGCUGAGCCUGUCAUUCUCAGAAACCGACUUUUUCUUCUGGAAGCGGAGAAGCUUCAUGACAACGAAAAGAAUUUGAAGGCUUGCGAAUGGUUGGUGGCGCUUGCUGAGCACGUGGGGCGCUACAAACUCCUUAUCCCUGUUGCCAACAUGCACCUGGACAUGGGAGACGAGCAAGGGGCCAUGGAGUGGACAACCAAAGCACUGGUUGGCUUUAAGGACCUGCAGAGAGCAAUUGGUGAUUCCUCUGAAACCUGGAUCGUCAUGCAUGGACGUUGGGAAGCAUGCGCCUUCUGGAAAGUGCAACUUGAUUGCCUCAAACGUGGAGAAGCGCGUGAAGCGAUUGUCUGGACUCCUGGUCUUUCUGAUGCUCCAGCUACAGCUCCUGGUUCUGCUGAUGCUCGGGCUACAGCUCGUGCUGCUGCUCCUGGUACAGCUCCAGGCUCUGCUGAGGCUCCUGCUACAUCUCCUGGUCCUGCUGAUGCACCUUCUACAGCUCCUGGUCCUGCUGAUACUCCCACUACUUCUACCGGUACUGCUACUGCUACUGCUACUGCUACUGCUACUGCUACUGCUGCUGCUGCUGCUGCUGUCGCUGCUGCUGCUGCUGCUGCUGCUGCUGCUGCUGAUGAUGAUGAUGAUGAUGAUGAUCAUGAUGCUCCCGUUCCUGGCGCCACUGCUGGUCAUGCUGCUGCAUCUGUUGCUUCUCCUCGUGCUGCUGCUGCUCAUGAUCUUGCAGCUUCUGCUUCUGUUACCUAUGCUAAUCCUGGUUGUCCUGCUGUACCUGGGCCUGCUGAUGCUUCUGACAGAGAUCUUCUUGGUCCCACUGCUGCUGCUGGUCCUGCUGCUGUUUCUGGUACGUCUGCUGGCUGUGACGUCUGUGCUAAGAACGAGAAUGACAGCACCAGCAGUGAUGGCGCGCAACGACAACAGCAAAAGAUGGUCAGAGCAGUUCUGGAGAGGCUGUAUGAAAUUCUGAUUGAACCGCUAGAAGAGGACCUUGAAGAGCUUUCCCCGGAGGACAAGCUGGUGUUUGUCCCACACGAUGUUCUUUGGGGUGUGCCAUGGGCGCUGCUGGGGGAUCCAAACAGGUGUUCACUAUCAGAAAAGCCAUAUUUGAUAGAGCGUCACACUGUGGCAGUGGUGCCGGGGAUUCACCUUAUCCCAUUUCUCAAGAAACGAAGUGACGAUCUUCUCGCCAUGAUGAUGUCCCCUGAACGCGAAAGUGCCAAAUCUCAGGCUGAAGCUAUAGCUGAAGACAAUGCUAAAGAGGAAGCCAAAGCUGUGUCAGACAGUGACAGGGCUGCUGAAGGCGGAGCCGACACUGAGGAAGCUAUCAGAGAUGGCAAGGUCGGAGGACAAAGUACAUGGAAAUCUCUCAUUAUGCGGGACCCUUUUCCUGCUGCCUUCGGUAUGGAAGGACUUGUCUACGCCGGCAAAGAAGCUCAGAAGAUCUAUGACAUGAUGGCGUCUGGAACAGUGACUCUUCUGAUGGGAGCAGAAGCCACAAAAGCACGAGUAGUUCACGAGAUUGGACAGGGUGUUCUGUUGGCUCACGUUGCUGCCCACAUGCUCGUUGGUUCUAUGUCUGAGAUAAAGAGGGACAUAGACUCGGCAGGCAUGGGUAUGCUGGUUCUCACAUGUCCUGCUCAUACUGAUGAUUCACCUGUGGACAGUGUGACUGGCGGUGAGGAAAACCGGACUCAGUCUGAGGGUUUAUCAAUCUCGGACCCCUUUGCACUUGAGGAAUCUGACAUGGAUGCUGACUGUGAUCGGUAUGAUCCAGGAGGACUGUCGGGGGAGGAGGUUUUAAGGAUGUUCAGCAAUGACGUGAAGGCACUGCUGGUGGUCUAUGCCAGGGCCUUCUACAGCUCCCGAGUGCCCGGCGUAGUGUCAUCGCUAUGGCCAGUAAAUGACAAAGCAAUGUCGGCACUCAUGCCCACUUUUUACAAGGGCCUUCAAGAUGGCAGCGAUGUCUCCGCCUCACUUCGAAUCGCAAUGCUAAGCCUUCUCUAUGCAGGGUGGGCACCAGUGAUGGACGAACAUGUGAUGCUCCCUCCAGAUGCCGAUCACCACAUCCCACCUUUAUCCUCAGAAUGGACUACCACUCCUCAUAUGAGUCCAAAAUACGGUGUGUGUGAGCAGGAGGAGCAGUUUGGGAGCGAAGAGCAGCAUCAGAGGGGCUCCUCCUGCGGGUUCGAGGACCAGGACAAGCAUCGUGUGGAGACAAAUGAGCAACAGACUGAGUGUAUGCGCUAUGACAGUCCUGUGCAGAAGGUAACUAGAGAGGAUGCGAAAUCCACAGAGAUGGCACAUGAGAAGACUGCCUUCAAGUUGGAACACAGUGAUGAGACAUGGAGUCAUGUCUACAGGGGUUACGAGGUGUUGACAUCAGCAGCAUUCCCAGGCAGGGAAGCUUCCAGGAAGAGCCGUGAUCCUGCCACAUCUACACGAGUCGCCCUCAUGAGAGACGAUGGAGAUCAUGCUUCCCGGCAAGUGCGGAGCAGCAGCGGGUUCAACGACGCUGGGAAGGUCACCAUGCCAUCGACACAAACAUCAGCCCAUCAUCUCAAAACAGGUGUCGAAGAGUCUGAUUGGCCUCUGAUAGAUGUGGAGACACCGGAGAGUCUGACUUGUUCCGUGCUCGCAGAGGAAGUGUCACUCGUUAGGGAGCAUAUUAGGAGAUGCAACCACAAACACAGCUGGACAAAAAGCUGUGAAGACUGCGAAUCAGCUCAGUGGGCCAUCGAUACUAUUGUGAACUUGUUCACUGGGCCUCGUAUUGAAAAAACCUUGAUAUAUUUGCAUCGGAGUAUGGCAGAAUUGGUUUCAUGCUUGGAGAGGUUGGAGGAGAAUCAGACGGAACAUCCUGCACCCUCCUCAGAGAUACCAAUAGGAGCAUCGGCAGCGACGGAACGAGAUGAAAGUGGGAGAGCCAUGACGGAAGAUGAAGAUGGGAGGAAACCUAUGGCGCAUGAUGAACAUGGGAGACAUAGCAGCCACAAUGAUCUGCAAUCAUUCGAUCCAGAAGAAACAUCAACAGAAAGCGACGUGGAUGGUGCAGGCAAGGAACUGGACAUAUGCAAUGAACUCUCAGCAGUUGUAUCGCAUGAGGAGGAGGAGGCAGGGGUCGCUAUGGAUCUAUGUCCUGCUAAAGCACUCGGACAUAGUGACGAUCAGACUUUUGCUAAGAGCAUGGAGUCCCUACAAGCUUCAACUCCCUUGUGUGCAGGGACAUCAAACCGUCCCACCUCGUCCUCAGAGAGGGUGUCCAUCGCCGAACAUGGAGAAGAUCCCAGAAAUACCGAGCUGCAAUGGAGGCGAAGAGGAGUCACAACCGGCGAAUCGGCGCCCCAGGAGAGGGUCACCGAGGAACGAGGAGGGGCAUUCAGCCAUCUGGCUAGCGCAUUCAACUUGAAGUUUUCAGAAUCCCCAUCGGGAAACAAUGAAGAAGAUGAAGAAGAUGAAGAAGAUGAAGAAGAUGAAGAAGAUGAAGAAGAUGAAGAAGAUGAAGAAGAGAGCUAUGUAUGGAAUCCUCUGGACUGGGGUGCUUUUCUGUUGAUCGGUCUGCCAACUUUGAAAUUGCCAGGGUGGUUUUUCGCUAAGGGUGUAGAGCAUAAAUACUAAAUAGUCUCGUCCUGCAUUAAAAAGGACUUUUUUUUUUUUACAGAAUGUGUCCAUAGAAUACUUUCUCGACCUUUUGGUCU